GAGUGUUAAUAUCUAUAAAUGUUGGUCUCAGCUGUUUGUCACGCCAGUCGGUCGCGAAGGUUGUAUGUGCGAGAGCUGUCAACUGCUUAGCUAAGAUGUCUCACACAGUGGUGCGAGGGAAGCCGAAUGCAGCUCAGCUGUACUUGGACACAGUGUUAAACGCUAUAUUGAUAGAACAAGGCUUGGUACCGGAUCUCAAAGGGCGGGAGAAUGUCACGCUCUCACAGAUCAUGUUCCACUGUCUCAAGAAAAGACCAGAUCACGUCUUUAUGAUCAACGGCUCAACAGGCGAGAAGAUAACUAACGAGCAAAUCCUGAAGCGUGCUGUCUCACUCGCACGUGCGCUCACGGCACGAGGUGCGACAAGGAAGUACGCCAUGCUGAUGAUGAGGAACCACCAGGAGAUGGCAGCACUGUACUUCGCAGUUAUGUUCGCUGGAAUGAUCCCGUUUAUGAUGGAUCCUAAUAGCACAGUAUAUGAGCAGACACACUUCCUGAAAUUAAUAGAACCAACCUUCGUGUUCCACGACCAAGAGUUUGAAGAAUCUCUUCUGAAGGCACAGCAAGGUUGUGAAGACCUGAACCCCACAUUUGUAAUGGCUGAUGAACCAGAAGUCUUAAAGCAGUUUAUUGCAGGUCACAGUGACGAUGUUAACAGUUUUCAGGUAGCAGAGGCAUCAAUAGAUGACGUGGUAAUGAUGUUGCCUACCAGCGGUUCCACCGGUCUUCCUAAAGCUGCCUACAUGACGCAUCGAGGAUUGGUGAUGCAGCUACCUUCUCCUUGGUCCUAUCACACACAGUUCCCCACGCCCACAUCCACAGUGAUGCUGCUGACAACCCUGCAAUGGAUGACGUUCACCAUGUUCGUCACUGCCAGCACGGCAUACCAUGUGACACUCCUCAUGACGCCCAGGAAGACCACGGUGGACCAUGUCGUGGAGAUCACUGAGAAAUAUCGGCCAACGUUCACAUUCCUGGCGCCAGCCUUCGCAACAAACUUAGUGGAUGCUAUCCGACCAGAUCAGAUCAGUUCCUUGGAGACGGUGAUCUUGCUGGGAGCACCCCCCGCGCCGGAGCUACUGACCAAGUUACAGAGCAAGUUACCAAAGGGUGCACAUUUGUGUGACGGCUAUGGGACCACGGAGACACAUGGGUUCAUCGCCAUCCCCGACAGGGAGGCUCCGCUCAGGAGUAACGGAUGGGUCUACAACUUCAUGUAUUACAAGAUAGUGGACGAUGAAGGUCGGACGCUGGGUCCCGAGCAGGCGGGCGAGCUGUGGGUCAAGGGCGACUGCGUGCUAAAGGGUUACCACAAAAACGACUCCACAUACCACGAGACGGUGACUGCUGACGGCUGGUUCCGCACCGGAGACGUGUUCCGGCUGGACCACAGCGAGAGGAUCUCCUUCGUCGUCAGGAAGAAGUUCAGCUUCAAGUACAAGGGCUGCCAGGUGGCUCCUGAGGAGGUGGAGCGCGUGAUCAGCUCGGUGGCCGGGGUGAACGAGAGCGUGGUCUGCGCGUCGGACAACGGCCCUGUGGCUGCCGUGGUGCUGCUGCCGAGGGCUGAUGUCACCAGGGACCAGAUACAUAAGGCUGUGGAUGCGGCUUUGAGUGACCACAAGCGCCUUCACGGCGGGAUCGCGUUCGUGCCGUCACUGCCGCACACGCACUCGGGGAAGCUCAAGAGACUGGAGUGCAGCAAGCUGAUCGAGGAUCUACGGAGGAGUGGCCAGUGCUAUUAGCGGCCAGAUGGCAUAAUGCAACCUCAUACCGCAAACACGGUGCUGUUUGGUGCUCGUGUUCGAUUUUUAAAGCGUUGUGUGAUUUUGAAUUUAGAAUUAUUGUACAGAUGUUUUUGUUUUCUCAAUAGCAUGGGAGAAUGAAAGUAAAAUAAAUAAAGAUAAUUAUAAACAA